AUGUACAAGAAAGGGAUAAGAAAAACUAGGGUUUCUGGUUUGGAGAAGGAAAGCCCAAACUGGGAAGCAAGGGGGAGUACGAAAGAGUGCGAUGUUGAUCGAUGGAUGAAGUACAAGAGGAAGAUUGAGUUUCGUUGGUGUGUGUAUCAAAUCCCUGAUGUUGGUUUUGUAGCUUUAACUACUUAUCAUAUUUUAUGUGAACUGGACCUUUUAUGUGAAGUUAUUAGGUGGUGGCUUUUAUUAUGUUCAUCCAAUAGUUUGUUGAAUAUCUAUUCACAGAGAGAAGAAGAGCUACUAUCUAGUUGGUGGAAAGAGUAUGCUGAAUGCAGUGAAGGUCCAAGAGGACAAAGUAGUUCCGGAAAGAAGUUGGACAUGGGAGAGGAUUCAUCUUCUUCAAAGGCUUCUCAAUCAGCCCAACUAUGUGCAGUUGAAGAAGAGAGGGUUGGUGUCCCUGUAAAGGGAGGGCUCUACGAGGUCGACUUAGUUAACAGACACUGUUUCCCUGUUUACUGGAAUGGAGAAAAUCGGCGUGUUCUAAGAGGUCAUUGGUUUGCUCGUAAAGGGGGCAUGGAUUGGCUUCCACUUCGUGAAGAUGUAGCUGAACAAUUAGAGAUGGCAUAUCGUAGCCAGGUUUGGCACCGUAGAACAUUUCAGGCAUCAGGGCUCUUUGCAGCUAGAGUUGAUUUGCAAGGCUCUACCCCAGGACUUCAUGCACUUUUUACUGGAGAAGAUGAUACUUGGGAGGCUUGGCUCAAUGUUGAUGCUUCUGGUUUUUCCAGCAUUAUUAGUUUCAGUGGAAACGGAGUCAAGUUAAGACGUGGUUUUUCUGCAUCUCACUUCCCCAAACCAACUCAGGAUGAAUUACGUCAAAGAAAGGAGGAAGAAAUGGACGAUUAUUGUUCUCAGGUUCCUGUUCGGCACUUAGUCUUCAUGGUCCAUGGUAUUGGUCAAAGGUUGGAGAAAUCUAAUUUGGUUGAUGAUGUUGGCAACUUUCGACAUAUCACAGCAAGCCUUGCUGAGCGACACCUGACUUCACAUCAACGUGGCACCCAAAGAGUCCUUUUCAUCCCGUGUCAGUGGAGAAGGGGCUUGAAGCUCAGUGGUGAAGCUGCAGUUGAGAACAUCACACUAGAUGGUGUGCGGGGUUUGCGUGUUAUGCUGAGUGCUACCGUUCAUGAUGUGUUAUACUACAUGAGUCCCAUAUACUGUCAGAGUAUUAUUGACUCGGUUUCAAACCAGUUAAAUCGGCUAUAUUUAAAGUUCCUUAAACGGAAUCCUGGUUAUGAUGGAAAGGUAUCCAUAUAUGGUCAUUCUUUGGGAAGCGUUCUCUCCUAUGACAUCAUCUGCCAUCAAGAGAAUCUCUCUUCCCCAUUUCCAAUGGAGUGGAUAUAUGAGAAACAGACAAAAGAUGUAGAAUGUUCCCCUGAUAUGAAUAGCCAGUCUUCUAAGUGCAGUUCUUUGGCCAAGCUAGAGGAAAAGAACUCCACUAUGAUGACCAAGGAUGUAGUGGAUUGCCCUGGUGAAGACAUGGGUUCACGGUCAAUUCCAUUGGUGAUUGAGGGAGGACAUGUUGAAGAUAAUUCCUUAGAGUCAGCUGAAAUUAAUGCAGUGUCUAAGGACUCUAUGCAGGAAAGCUUUAAGGAGGAUGUGCAUCAUUUACUUAAUGAUUCUAGUGAAACCCCUCAGCUGGAUAAGGGUGGGUUAGGUGAAGCUGCAGAUGUACACUUUGUUGCCUCAGCCAGUCUUUUGGAGAAAGCAACUGAGGAAGAGAGUGAAGAAGCCCCAGAUAAGGAUAAAGCAAUCAAAAUGCUUAGAGAAGAGGUUGAUUCCCUAAAGGCAAAAAUUGCACAAUUGGAAUCACAUAACAGUGAGGAUACUGGUGAAAAUAAGGAGAUGCUUUUGCAAAAACCAACUACAUUGCAGAAGUUUGAUCAAAAGCUGCCAGUGAAGCUAGAUGAUGCACCAAAGAGCUAUACCCCUUACAUCAGAUACACAAAGCUUGAAUUCAAUGUUGACACAUUCUUUGCAGUGGGAUCACCUCUGGGAGUCUUCCUUGCCCUACGCAAUGUCCGUAUUGGACUUGGCAAAGGGCAAGUUUAUUGGGAUGAGGAAAACAUUAAUGAAGAGAUGCCAUCUUGUCGUCAAAUGUUCAACAUUUUCCACCCAUUCGAUCCUGUAGCGUAUAGAGUAGAACCACUUGUUUGUAAAGAAUACAUCACAAAACGUCCUGUCAUUAUCCCUUACCACAAAGGUGGAAGAAGGCUGCAUAUUGGAUUUCAAGAAUUUACUGAAGAUUUAGCUGCUCGCUCUCAGGCAGUAAUGGAUCAUCUCAGCUCUGUGAGGGCUAAAGUGCUCACAGUUUGCCAAUCGAGAAACACUGACAGUCUAGAAGGACCAGAGACAGUGGAAGAAAAAGAAGAGAGGUCAUAUGGUUCUCUAAUGAUCGAGAGGUUAACCGGAAGUGAAGAAGGGCGGAUAGAUCAUGUGCUUCAAGAUAAAACAUUUGAUCAUCCAUAUCUACAAGCCAUUGGAGCACAUACAAACUAUUGGAGAGAUUAUGAUACUGCACUUUUCAUUUUGAAACAUUUAUAUCGAGAUAUACCUGAAGAUCUCAACUCUCCUGCGGAAUCUAAUGGAGGCAGCUCAAAGGAUCAGAGAGUUUCUAGAGGCUUGUCUGAUCAAAGAGAGACCACCGAUGAAGAACUUCCAUUGACAUUCUCUGACAGAAUUAUGGUCAGAAACUUCUCAAGGAAAGCUAAGAAAUUUAUGAAGAAGCCUUGAGUGACAACAGAUUUCCCUUUCUUGCUGCACACCAGGUUUAAAUGCAAGCGGAGCGUACGAUGAAGUUAUGCACUGCACCUUCAUGAUACGACUUGUUGCUGCAUUUCGGGCCAUAAUCUUGUAUUUUGGACAGUUGACAUGCCACUCUUCUACCUUGGGUUUCAAAAAUUAUUGGAAAGAGGUGUGCCGUGGAGAAUUUAUGAUUAUUGCAUCAGGGAUGUUGGCAUGCUGCAGUAGACACAAAGAUGUUCUUUUUUCAGCUUCCCUCUGUACAUAAAAGGAGAUACGGACAUCUGUGCCAAAUUAAUCUAUUCUAGUGAAUUUAGGUGACUUGGUACAAAUGUACAAGUUUUUUCUUAAAGCGCAGAAAGUGUACAUACUACAUAGUAUAUACACUGAAGAAUCUUGUUGUUUACUAAUUGUAACAAUACAAAUUCUUGCUCUUUCUUUAGGAGCACGAAAGGUCAUUGAAUCUUUAAAUUUGCCAUGACAAUUUGUAGUUAGUUCAUCUACAAUUAAUCUGGGAUUUUAUCAUAUUUAGCUCA